AUGUGGGCAGCCUGGCCCCGGCUUCCCAAGGGACAUCACCUAGGAGCCAUUGAGAAUGCUUGUUACACUGUCUGCUCGGAUCUCAACUUGACACAGCCACAGCUCAAUCCUGCCCUUGCCGCUGACAUCCAACAAGGCCGCUGGGUAGGGCUAACAGCUUCCUCCUUCAUGGAAGGCUUGUCCCUGCUCAGAAUCACUACGGCCAUUGCCGACCCUGAUUUAACAGCCCAACAGCUGGCUGCCAACCGUGCAUUCUCCGUUCUGCACACUGUCACUGGCUCCGAUGGCACAGCAACCCAAAUGGUUCUCAAUGAGAGAGGAUUGAAAUUCCCCAUGAUGGUUCAAGCUACUCGGUCCAUCACCAACGCGUACUCUGGUCUCCUUGCGGCGCUCUUUGGGAGAAACACAACCCUCAUUAGGAACUUUUACGAGAACUUCAUCCAGCACUGGCCUACCAUGGAGGAAGUGAUUUGUACCAACUACCGUCUGCAAGAGAAGCAAGUCUGCAUUCGGAUUAUGGUGUUCCUUUUCCGGAUGUUCAACAAUGCCUUUUCCAGUUUGUUACGCGGUCCUCGUCCGACAGCGGCCAAUCCAAUUCCCACACCCCAACGCAAUGUACCGUUUGGAGAUGUCCUUCAGCACCUGGUACUGGGCAAGAUUCACAGUUUGACAGAUAUCCCGGACACCCUUAUGCAGCCCCUGGCUCUCCCAGCUGCCCCAAGUUCGGCACCAGCCCCUGCUCCGAGGCUUACUCCUGGCCCAGCUCCAGCCCAAGUACCUGCUGCUGCACUGGCCCCUGCCGGAAACCCUCAGUGCCAGCGCGUUGACCACCCCAACCAGAAUAUCGAUCUGAAGCAGGCCUCGACGGCCUCUCAGCACCGAUCAGUGUUUGGCAACAAUGGAGCAUUUGCAGACCCAGCUGCCCCUGGCGGGAAACGCAUCAUCAUGCGCUCCAGUGGCAAUACAGACCAGCGCAUCUGCUUGCCCAUGGCUGUGCAUGGCGUGUGUUAUUCCAAUUGCACUGGCUAUCACGGAGUGCUCACCCAAGACGAAGUCCGAGCAGUGGCCAAUGCUGGGGGUUUGAACAUGCAGGGCCUCUGA